AACGCUAAUAAAAGGCUUUUCCUUCUUAUUCUUUCCUUUUUCCUUCUCUCUCCUCUGAGUUAAGCAAUCGUUUUGGUUUAUACGAUUUUUAGCUUGAUUCUCGUUCUCGUUCUCUGCGAUUUCGUCUCCCAUUCAGUUACCUGCAUUUCUCGAGCGGCGUUUUGUUUUUGCGUCUGGUUUCCACGAGCUUUCUAAACUAGAUAUUGUUUUUCUCACAUCAGUUUUAAGCAGAGUAACCAAGGGAGAUGAACAGUGUUCAGGGCCAUUAUGCUUGAUGGACUGCUUGCCGAACAGCAGUGACAAGAAAACAUUGAAGAGGUGGUUCUUCAUUGAUAAAAGGGUUGGCUGAAUUGAAUUUCUGAGAUUGAACAUUAAGAUUUGUUUCUUUACACUUGAGUGGAUAGUUUUCUAAGGAAUCUGCUAGCUUUUACGUUAUAAGUAGUGACACAAAGCUGGAUCCAAUGGACCUAAAAUCUAAUCACACUGCUCCUGUUCUUGGUGAUCCUGCACCCAUAAGCAAGUCAAGAUUACGAGUACAUUCCAGUCUGUUUCCAUACUCACCCCCAGGAGCAGUGUUCUCUCCAAAUCUAUUUCUAACUGUUCCUAGGAAGAAAACUGGAAUUCUUGAUGACGUUCGUGCCAGCAGCUGGCUGGAUGCUAUGAAAUCCUCAUCCCCCUCUCAUAAGAAAACCAGGGAAUUCAACAAUGAGCUUGCAUCAGCUGAUACAGAUGUUGCAUAUCGCACAUGGAUGGUUAAAUAUCCCUCUGCACUUACAUCUUUUGAGCAUAUCACAAAUUUUGCAAAAGGCAAGAGAAUAGCAUUGUUUCUGGAUUAUGAUGGGACUCUUUCACCAAUUGUGGACAACCCUGAUUGUGCCUUUAUGUCUAAUGAUAUGCGAACUGCUGUAGAAAAAGUGGCAAAAUACUUCCCAACAGCAAUAAUUAGUGGAAGAAGCCGUGACAAGGUGUAUGAGUUUGUAGGACUAACAGAUCUCUAUUACGCGGGAAGUCAUGGAAUGGACAUCAUGGGGCCUGUUAGGCAAUUUUCCGAUGAUCACGCUAACUGCAUUAGAUCUACUGAUAAGCAGGGCAAGGACGUUAAUUUAUUCCAGCCUGCUAGUGAAUUCUUACCUAUGAUUGAUGAGGUUUUUAACUCACUUGUCAACAGCACCAAGGAAAUUAAAGGAGCAAAAGUUGAAAACAAUAAGUUCUGUGUUUCUGUCCAUUACCGUAACGUAGAUGAGAAGAAUUGGCCAACAGUUGCACAACGUGUCUACGAUGUCAUCAGAAACUACCCUCGUCUACGGUUGACUCAGGGGCGGAAGGUAUUAGAGCUUCGGCCUGUGAUCAACUGGGAUAAGGGGAAAGCUGUUACAUUUCUACUUGAAUCACUUGGGCUUAGCAAUUGUGAUGACGUGCUUCCCAUUUAUGUUGGGGAUGACCGGACAGAUGAGGAUGCAUUUAAGGUUCUGAGAGAGGGAAAUCGAGGAUAUGGCAUUUUAGUAUCAUCUGUGCCCAAGGAAAGUAAUGCAUUUUUCUCCCUGAGGGACCCACAAGAGGUAAUGGAGUUUAUUAAGUCAUUGGUGAUCUGGAAGAAGAAGACAAGCGCUCUCUGA